CAUCAUCAUCAUCUCCUCGAAAGGCGUUGCCUUUACACCGUUUUGGCUACACCCAUCACCGGAGUCGUAAUUUCUCUCCCUACUUCUCUGUUUCCUGUAUAAACUCGACAAAUUACGCUGUGAAUCGCCGCCGCCUCGUCGAAAGGCGUCGCCUUUACACCGUUUUGGCCACACCCAUUAUCGGCGUCCCUGGUAGUUCUCUCUCUGCUUCUCCGUCUCUGUGUAGAUUCGACGAAUUACGCGGCGAAUCGCCGUCGCCCCGUCGAAAGGCGUCCCCUUUAAGCGGUUUCGGACGCUCCCAUUUUCUUGGAAUUUCUUUUUCAAUGGCGGCGGCCGAAGCGGCGAAGGGUCGAGACGGUCCCGACUUCUCGGAGCUGCCCGAAGGGUGUAUCGCCCGCGUCGUCUCCUUCACGAGCCCCACCGACGCGUGCCGGCUCGCGCCCGUCUCGUCCUUCUUCAAGUCGGCGUGCGAUUCCGACGGUGUGUGGGCAUCGUUCUUGCCGCCGGAAUGCCGCCAGAUGGUGCCCCGGAGAGUCUCGUCGCUGAAGGAGCUCUAUUUCAGCCUCUGCGACGACCCGGUUCUCGUCGACGAUGGCAAAAUGAGCUUUUCGCUGGAGAGGCACAGUGGGAAGAAAUGUAUCAUGCUAUCUGCAAGGGCCCUGUCUAUAACAUGGGGUGAUACUCCAAGGUACUGGUCUUGGAAUCCCAUGACCGACUCCAGGUUCUCAGAAGUUGCUGAACUCAUCAAUGUAUGUUGGCUCGAGAUCAGAGGUAGAAUUAGUUCUCGCAUGUUGUCGCCUGGAACCCGUUAUGCAGCGUACUUGGUAUUUAAAUCCACUCCGACAUUUUAUGGAUUUGACUUCCAGUCUGUUGAGGUUGGAGUUGGAUUUGUGGAUGAUGAAGCGGGUAAGCGUGAGCGCUCAGUUUAUUUAUCUGGAGAGAACAACACGCGGGGACGGCAGACCAUGCCAAGAUUGACCGUGCCAAGAUUUAGGCGCAUUGGUUUCCGUUUUCUACCGAUGCCUUUUGAAUUGGUUGACGACAAUCGUGAUGGGGGCCCGCGGCCGGCACCUGCAUCUGCCGAGGGGAAUGAGAACCAUCCUAAAGAGAGACGAGAUGGGUGGUCAGAGAUAGAGCUAGGUGAGUUCUUGACGAAGGAUGGAGAAGACGGGGAGGUUGAAAUGAGUGUCAUGGAGACGAAGGGCGGCAACUGGAAGGCCGGGCUGGUCGUGGAGGGGAUCGAAAUAAGGCCCAAGGAAGGGAAAGAAUAGCGCCUUUAUGCAGGGCAUGUGUCAGUUUGUUCUGUCUCUUGAUUAAGAGCCUUUUCUCUCUGCUUCGCUGUUGUUAUUAUAAUGUUCUUUUUAUCAAUUUGUAGUAGCUUUCUACCAAAUCAGAAAGCAUCAAUCUUAGCGGGAAAAGCAUAUGUCGUGGAGCGAAUGGUUUGUGAUCUGGUUAAUGAACGCCCAAUGCCUUUUGCAUAUGAUGGAACUUAGAUGUAGACUUCCUCGGACUCACCUGGUCACUCAAGCACUGUUCCUGUAAAACAUCUGCAAAAUGAUACCUUAUCUUACUACUCCAAC